GGUUACCGGGGCCGCGUCAGCUGCGUUUCUAUUUUCUCCAUCUUUCCCUCCGACCCGGAACUGCUCGGACACACACACUCUCACACACAGAGCGGACGCUGCGUUGCGCACACACCGCAUUUCUGCCUCCAUCACACACCAAACUCCGCCUCGCGCUGCGCUCUCCACCGCCCGACAGCCAACACCGACCACCGACCUCUGCGGGCCGGACCGAGCCGGAGCAGGACCGCACCAUGUCCCUGCAGCUGCCCCCGUGCGUGAUAGACUGCGGGACCGGGUACACAAAGAUCGGCUAUGCAGGAAACACCGAGCCGCAGUUCAUCAUGCCGUCCUGUAUUGCCAUCAAGGAGUCGGCCAGCGUGGGAGAGCAGGCCCAGAGGAGGCUUGUGCGAGGAGUCGAUGACCUGGACUUCUACAUUGGUGAUGAAGCCAUAGACAAACCCAACUAUGCAACCAAGUGGCCGAUCCGUCAUGGGAUGGUGGAAGACUGGGACCUGAUGGAGAAGUUUAUGGAGCAGGUUAUCUUCAAGUACCUGCGAGCUGAACCUGAAGACCACAGCUUCCUCAUGACAGAGCCUCCUCUCAACACUCCAGAGAACAGGGAGUACCUGGCAGAGAUAAUGUUUGAAACCUUCAACAUACCUGGACUCUACAUUGCAGUACAGGCUGUGCUGGCGUUGGCGGCAUCCUGGACGUCCCGGCAGGUGGGACAGAGGACUCUGACCGGCAUUGUGAUUGACAGUGGAGAUGGAGUCACCCACGCCAUCCCAGUGGCUGAGGGCUACGUGAUUGGCAGCUGUAUAAAACACAUCCCCAUCGCAGGGCGGGACAUCACCUUCUUCAUCCAACAGCUGCUUAGAGACCGAGAAGUGGGGAUCCCCCCAGAGCAGUCGCUGGAGACCGCUAAGGCCGUCAAGGAGCGAUACUGUUACAUCUGUCCAGACAUCGUGAAGGAGUUCACAAAGUACGACUCUGACCCGGGGAAGUGGAUCAAACAGUACAGAGGAGUCAAUGCCAUCAGUAAGACCGCCUUCCACAUCGAUGUGGGUUAUGAACGCUUCCUGGGCCCUGAGAUCUUCUUCCACCCUGAGUUUGCUAAUCCAGACUUCAUGCAGCCCAUCUCUGAUGUCGUGGAUGAGGUCAUUCAGAGCUGUCCAAUCGAUGUGCGGAGACCGCUCUACAAGAACAUCGUGCUCUCUGGAGGAUCCACCAUGUUCAGAGACUUUGGCCGGCGGCUGCAGAGGGACCUGAAGAGGGUGGUGGACGCCCGGCUGAAGCUGAGCGAAGAGCUGAGCGGAGGACGGAUAAAGCCAAAGCCGAUGGAGGUUCAGGUCGUCUCACAUCACAUGCAGCGAUACGCCGUCUGGUUUGGAGGCUCUAUGUUGGCGUCCACGCCGGAGUUUUUCCAGGUGUGUCACUCGAAGAAGGACUACGAUGAGAUUGGGCCGAGCAUCUGUCGACACAACCCCGUGUUUGGCAUCAUGUCCUGAUGGCAGCUCAGAGCCCAUUAACCCGUUAGCCUGUUAGCCUGCUAGUUUUUUUGCCCUCUUCAGUUUUCACCUAUAACGCUACUAGCCUGUUAGCGGGCUAGCUCAAUGUCAUCAAGCACAUGGAGAAUGUGAAGCACAGCGGCAGUUAGCGAUCACUGAAGAUAAAGUUUGCAGUGGUUUUACUUUGAUAAAUUUACUCCAGAGAAAAGUUAUUUUAUCUGAGAGGAGAAGACGGUAUAGCUAGCCAACCUUCUUCCAGCUCGUAGCAGUGCUGAUGGAGAUCCUGAAGCUGGUGUCCCGAUUGCAGAUAAAGACUGAGUCUGCUCACCUUUCGUCCUCGUACUGGUCUGAAUGUUCUCAUCCAAACAUCAGUGACAGCGCCACCCAGAGGUUUUCGGUCACUCUGCAUGUUUGUGGACCUGCUGUAACGAUCUGAUCACACAACAAAUAUUUCAGGCUCACUCUGAGUCUCACUUUGUUGUCUCUAAACUAACAAAAAGCUCUGAACUUUGUACCAGAAUCCAUCUUGUUGUCUUUCAGAUGCUCCUCGGUCCAACGUGUUGCUGAUGUAGAUGUCCAGCUGAGCUUAUUUCGGACAGAACAACACAGAUAACGUUUUUGUGCACAGAUAUAAAACUGCUGAUGGGCUGAUGUUUUGACCUUUUUGACCACUGCAGCCUGCAGGGGGCGCUGACACUGCAUAUUUGUUGUGACACUGUGACAUCACAAUCACUCAAAGUGGACCGAUUCUGCUUUCGCUUGUUUUCUGGUAUGUAAGUAAGGUCACAGUCUCUGAUGUUCAGAUGAAACAUGACUCAUGUUUCAGACAUUGUGGAAAAGCUCUGAAUGCUUCACAAGCUUCAUGAGCUACAAACACUGUUGCACUGGUUACUAUACUGGCUUCCUGAAACUGCCCAAUCAGAAGAAUGUGAGAUUUUAGGGACUUAGAGGAGCUGUAAUGGGUCAUUUUACCCAGAGCGUGAAGCUCUAUUAAUGGCGUGUAAGGUAAAUAAGGAUUAUUUUGAUCUGUGAAUCAUGCAAAGCCACUCUAGAAGAAUCAAAGUAGAAAACUACUGACCUGGGAACAGACUCUAAGACAUUUAAAUGAAGUCAUUAGAAUCUGAAUUUGUAGAUGCAGGGUGACCUCGUCUUCCUGCUCAGGACAUCAUCAUGUCUGAUGUCUGUCAGAAUAAAACUUCCACUCAGAAACCAGAGAGUUAGUUUCAGUCUCAGAGCGACAUUUGUCUGAACAUCAGUGCCUCAGCAGCCCACUGGUGCUGCCUUCAGGGUGAUAACGUGUGAGUGAAAUCAGGCUCACUUUCCCCCGAAUAAAUAAAGCCGAGACUAAAUUGAUUCAUGUUGGUACAUAAAGUGUAUUUUGUGAUGUGACUGAGGCGACACUCAUUUUGUGUGAGCUCCGUCUGUGGGAACUUCAUUUCUCGAGGAAGUCUGGAUCAUGGAAGUGUGUGUCACAAAGCAGCUGAUUCUAUUGCUUGUGUUUUCUUGUUUUUGUCGUCUCCCUUCACAGAUUUCGUUUUUAAUGUGGUCAUGUGAUUCACGUCUGCUGCGGUCAGGCUCUGUUUGUACAGAAAUAUUAUAAACCUCUAUAAAGACAAACACAUUAAUAUAUAUUUAUAUAUGCAGAGAGAGCUCAGAAGCAUCAGACUGAUCCAGGAUCAGGUCCAAACCACGGGCAGGUGUGUUCAGGUGCAGUCAUGUGAUCUGCACCUGGAUCAGUUUCAAAGUUCAGUCUUCCAGAAGUCGUUUUAAGUUGAGACGACAGGCAGGCGGAGUUUGGAGAUUUGAUUUUUCUUUUACAGCCAACAAGCUCUUUAUUUUUCUUAUUGGACAUUUAUGCAAAUGACUGCUUGUUAAAAGAGAUAAAGCCUCAUUUGCAUAUUUAAAAUCAUUUAAGCAGUUGGUGUCAGUAAUCAGCAGGGGGCGUUCAA